GGCUCUCGUCAUUAUGCAACCCUCACUGCAGCCCCCCUGUUCGGCCAAUAGAGGACGCUGUGAGGCCUGGUGGUGAUUUCUCCCCGGCGGCAGCUUUACUGCUCCUGACCCGCAUUCACCCGUACUGUACCGGCAGGCGGGGGGGAGGACCGAGCAGCAGCACAGAAAGCAAAUAAACGCUGUAGAGUUCCCCUGCAGACCGUGGCCAUGGCUUUGGUAGUCCCUGGCAGACACGGCGCUCCCGUCUCCUCGCACCUGAUAGCGGACUGAGAGGGGAGCGAGCACCGGGGGAGAGAGAGCCACGCCGUUCAGACGGUGAACCAGCAGGACUCGCUUUCAUUUCAACGUGUCUAUUCUUUUUCUUCACGUGUUAACUCGGCUGUUCCUUGUUCAACGAGCUCUAUGUUGACGGCACAGGAGGUGGGUUUCUUCCACGAGUCGAGCAUUGGGACCUGGGUCAGGUAGGGCUGAGUUCACGGCUAUGGUUGGAGCUAUAUGAUCAACGCAAUAAGAGACCUGUUAACCUACACCCUGCCCUACAUGGCUGCUCAGUCUGGACGGUCCGUGAGAGAUGUCACUUAAGUAGGUGCGAUCAAGCUGAUGAAUGUGAUAUUUGGAUGAGAGGGCAGCAUCAUUUGGUCUCUUCUGGACCAGUCAGACAUGAUUUACGGUCCAUCUGGGGCUCAAAACUGCAGAUUUUCCACACUGGCGUUGGAACUUCACAUCCAUUUCAAUGACGACGCUCUGCCACCUGAUAUCUGUGGCAACAAGGAACACCAGCCUCCAUCUUCCUAGCACCAGGUGGAGCCCCUGAAGAAACCGACCUGUAAAUGUAACGAGAGCAAGCAUUACCCUGUUCAGAUGGACCCUGGAAAAACACCAGCAUUGUUUAUCAAAAAGACAUAAGAUUGAAGAAAAGACUCAAGAUUGAUACAGCACAGUUUUACCUCCCACCAUCCUCUUUUCUCCUUCUGAUCAGAUCGGAGGAACAAAUAAAAAAAAAACACAUCUGCUUUCUACCUCCCAGAGAAAUAGAAAAGGAAGAAAACAAUUUAUUAUCCAGCAUCAGCUCCUUUUAUUUCUUCUCUUCGUGCAACACUUCUUCAUUUACCUCAGGGAAUCUCUCCCACUGCCUACCUCCUCCGCCGAAUCAGCCAACCCAGUGACUGGAACAUAGAGCAAAGACACACCUGUGACCUCUCACUGCUGUUUCCUCAGCAAACCUAUAUUGCCUCUGAUGCUUUCCUCACCGACCAGCGAAGACCUUGGACCUCGUACCACCUGCCAGCUCAGACCUGCUCACUGCCGAAAAUUGUACUGAUCCGCACUUGUGGCCUGGACUUUGGGCGGGUUGUCACUGGAAGGAAGAGGAUCAUAUUGCCAGAAAGGAAGCUACACGCUCACAAUAGCCUCACACAUCAAUACAAUAUACCUGACAAGCAACUAAAUACCUCAGCAGACUUUUAGAUAGACUCAACAGAAGGGAACUUUUCAGCAACAAAAUUCACUCUCUUGGUGCUUCAUUCCAUCCAACAGGUAACUCCGUCCACCAGCCUGGUGCUUCAAUCUACUUAAACAACUUCCAUUUGCCUUGGAGGCAGGAGUAUAGCAACAGUAGCCAAGGAGGCCUCUAGAGAAGCACAGAGAGAAAGAGAGAGAGAGACAGAGACUCAGGAGUGUUGUACAGCAGGUAACUUCAUUCUUCUCAGCGAAGUCACAACAGCCCCACGAUCCUAGCGGUAGCAUAACUCAGCAAUUGCUCCGAGAGGCCUUCAGAGAUCACAGAAGAGACUCAAAAGUUCCUGCUGCCUUGAGCUUCCCCUUACUUUACCCCCCAAUCAAGCCUCCAGAGAAGAAGAGCGACCCCCAGAGAAGAAGAAAUUCCAGGGAGCCUCAUCAGCUUUUCGUACUCUGGAGGCAAGCAACAAAAAGACUUCCUAUCAGGCUUAAGUCAGAGCAUUGUACACCUGUGAAAGUAAGAAGAGUGAACGCUGGGAAGAUCCAUAAAGAGUGACAGAGAAGGGGGAAGAAGGGAAAGAGGAACCGAGAGUCAAGAGAAGAAUGCAUAUCUUUCUUUUGCUUCCACUGAUGUCCCGCCCACCGUGCUCUUCCCAGCCAAUAACUUGCCAGAUCCUCAGAUGGCUGUCUAUUGAAGGGGCCAUCUGCGAAUGCUGAGCAGCUGGCAAGAUCUAGGGCCGCCUCGUUGUCCUGUGAUUGGCUGCUGGACAAGACUGAGGCAUCAUGGAGCCAAUGUCCAACAAGCAGGAUAGCAACUCAUCAGAGGGCGAUGAGAAAGGAUGGCCAGAUGUGCCCAAGAGAAAGAGCAAGAACAGCCAGUGUUCGGUGAAGAGUAUGUCUGCUCUUAGUGUCUCUGUUCCAGGGUACAUCCCCAGCUACCUGGAGAAGGAUGAGCCAUGCGUGGUGUGUGGGGACAAGGCGACUGGCUACCACUACCGCUGCAUCACCUGCGAGGGCUGCAAGGGCUUCUUCCGCAGGACCAUCCAGAAGAACCUCCACCCCGCUUACUCCUGUAAAUACGAAGGCUGCUGCGUUAUCGACAAGAUCACCCGCAACCAGUGCCAGCUUUGCCGCUUUAAGAAGUGCAUCUCUGUGGGCAUGGCCAUGGACUUGGUCCUGGAUGACUCAAAGCGCGUGGCCAAGCGGCGUCUCAUUGAGGAGAACCGACUGAAGAGGAAGAGGGAAGAAAUGGUGAAGACGCUGCAGACAAAGCCAGAGCCAACAACCUCGGAGUGGGAACUAAUCAAGGUGGCGACCGAAGCCCACCGGCACACCAACGCCCAGGGCUCCAGCUGGAAACAGAAGCGCAAGUUCUUGCCUGAUGAUAUCGGCCAGGGUCCGAUCGUGCCCACUUCAGAAGGAGAUAAGGUGGACCUGGAAGCCUUCAGCGAGUUCACCAAAAUCAUGACCCCCGCCAUCACGCGCGUUGUCGACUUUGCCAAGAAAUUGCCCAUGUUCUCAGAGCUGCCUUGUGAAGACCAGAUCAUCUUGCUGAAAGGUUGCUGCAUGGAGAUCAUGUCGCUGCGCGCCGCCGUUCGCUACGAUCCGGAAAGCGAAACGCUAACGCUAAAUGGCGAGAUGGCUGUGAAACGGGAGCAGCUGAAGAACGGCGGGCUGGGCGUGGUGUCGGACGCCAUCUUUGAUUUGGGAAAAAGCCUGGCUCAGUUUAACUUGGAUGACACAGAGGUGGCUCUGAUGCAGGCGGUGCUGCUUAUGAGCUCAGACCGCUCAGGGCUGACCAGCUUGGAGAAGAUUGAGCAGUGCCAAGAGGCCUACCUGCUGGCGUUCGAGCACUACAUCAACUACCGCAAGCACAACAUUCCCCACUUCUGGCCCAAGCUGCUGAUGAAGGUGACGGACCUGCGUAUGAUUGGAGCUUGCCACGCCAGCCGCUUCCUCCAUAUGAAAGUGGAGUGUCCCAACGAACUCUUUCCCCCACUCUUCCUGGAGGUCUUCGAGGACCAGGAUGUGUGACUUGGUGAGACUGUGGCACCCCCCUAAGAGAACAAUGGACAUAGGAGGAAAGAAAUUUGGGGUGUUUGAUUUUAUUUUUUUUUAAGAGGAGGUGCGGGUGAAAAAGAAAAAAACUUUUUGUUUCCCUGUUUGUUUGUUUUUUUUGUUUUUGUUUUCUUCAAAUACCAAUAAGACCCUCCACCUGCCACCAGCAAACACACACCAACAUCACCAGAGGACCACACAGUGAAUACCCAGCUUUUCUUUUCUUCAUGCUGAGAGGUACACACAGAGUACAAAUCUGUAAAGCCUUUUAAAUAUUCACAGGUUCAAAUUCCAAACCCACUGCCAUGAGCAUUCACUAUCUCUAUAUGCAAACAGCUGUACUCUGGUCCUAAUGUAAACCGAGGGGCUUGGUGGUCUCGCUACUCCCCCUGCAUCCACCUCUCACCUUUGAAAUCUCUGGGACCUGACCAUAAGCUCCUAAAAUGACCCUCACACACACACACACACACACCCAUCUCCUUAUCUGCAAUGGCUUCCUCCAUCCACACGUGCAGCCCAGCCCUCAGUCCACCGAGGGCCCCUGUGAGUGUUUGUCAACCUACCUCCCUCACGUACUGACCUCUUUUUCUCUUUGUCUCACACAGACACACACACACACACACAGAGGCAAAAACACACAAAAUAUACACAGUUAUAACACACCCUCUUACCUCAUACCUCCUUAAAUGUAUUUCUACAUGUAUUGUGUGGGUGGUGGUUAUCUAGUGAGAAACAUGGAGCCAUAGUGUCCUCAGUUACCCACGAACCUCUCUUCUAGUGUGGAAAUACUUCAUAUGAGGCCCAUAUCUGUAAAUGAAUAUGAAAAAGUAUGAGAUUAUUACAUUAUAAUACACUGCAAAUUAUGAUGAGCGCAUUAGUCAAGUGCUGUAAAAUAUGUUAAGAAUAUCACAGUGCUUUCUGAGAAGGUUCAACACAAAGUCUUGAUAUGAGAUUCACUGUUCGCUACAAGACAGGGUGUGAGGUUCAUAAUUAUUCGCUUCAUACUCGUCCUGUGAUUCAAAUUAAGGCAUGAGUCCAGGGAGCCAACUAGAUUUUGUGUGAACGAAGAGAUUGAUACCAACCUCAAAAAUGAUGCUGUCUCCAGCAGACAAUUAGCCUAGCUUAGCGUAGAAAAAAGUCUGGAAGCAGCCUAACUCUGUUCAAAGUGUCAAAACUCAUUUGUGGAUGAAAAGGGGCUUAUGUGCUGGAACAUUUCUAAGCAAAGAAAAGCCUAAAAAAUUGAAGUAACUGCCAAAAGCCUUGGCUGUUCAUUUAGCUUGAGGCUAUUUAGCAAAUGUCUUUAUGCUAUUAAGCUAAACUUCAGCAAGUUAAAGCUGUUGUAGUCAAUACUUUUGGAUUAAGAAUAGAUCAUGUAACUUCUAUCUGGCUGAGGAUGUAACUUGUAUUUAAAAUUCUGAGAGAAUCAUCACCUAACUCUACAUUUAACCGUUUUCCCAAGGCUUAGAAACAGAUCUUUGGUUACUUCACUUUUUUGGCUAUGUGAACGUUUUUCAAUGUCCCACCCAUAGACUGUAUAAAAUAUGGACGUAGUAUCCGUGACGUCACCCAUCUGUUCCUGAGAGCUGUUUUGAAGCAAAUCGACGGCAGCAGCCAUAUUGGUAAUGCGGAACUCAACCUGGCAGAGUGUGACGUAGUGUGAGUCUCUUAGCCAAUGGCUGUGUGUUCCCGACCGGGAGUCACGUCAGUCAUGUCCUUAUUUGGGCAAAACUCAUAAUCUUAAUAUCUUCUUAACCGUCACGUUAGAAAAAAAUUCAACCCCCGUACAGUGUGUGCCAUUAGAGAGAUUAGCGUUGUAGGGCCAAGACAUUUUUUGAACCAGGCUGUAAACAUGUUUAUUAAUGCUGCAAAGAUCAUCUUUUUCCCAUUCAUAUCUAUGUGGUUUCCGGUGUUUCUGCAGCCAGCCUCAAGCAGAUUUUCGAUGUAUUGCAGUUUAUAUCACUUCCGCAUUGGCUUCAUCGUUUGAGACCGGAGUUUGCCGCUUGGUCCCACCAUAAUUUCUUCUAGAGCAUAAAGCAUAAGCAGCAAGCUAGCACUAUAAAAACAACAAAAACGCUCUAAAAAUGAACAUAUGCUAGCUGUAGCACCAAAAUAAUUAUGUAAGCGGCUUACUUUGAGCUGACAAUGUAAGGCUUCAUAAUUCUUGCUAAACAUUCAGACAGCAUUACAAAACUGUGACCUUACUGUGUAGAACACUUUUUAGGGUGUAGUAAGUGAGUUAGCACCUAGUCCAAAAGGAAUGUGGCUAGCUAAUAGUUAAGUAUAUAAAGAGGUGUCUGUUAGCAAACAAAUUCAGUAAACCUGAGUUAGCGAUCUCUUUUGUUUGGUCAUCUAGUAAAGAAAACAAGUCAAGUUUUGCACUGUCAUUGUUAGCAUGUUAGCGCACCACCACCUUUAUUUUUAAUGAUUCUUUGGCUUUGUGGUCAGGAUAAGUGCAUUUAUAACAAAACACUUCACUCACACUACGCCUUAAGUAGAGAGUUCAUAUGUUGAGAGAAAGCACUGUUUUAUUCAUAACACCUUUUCACGCUAACUAAGUAGCACUUAAACUUUAUGUCAAAGCAUUUUAAGCUAGUUUGAAACAAACUGUACUUUAGCUGCGCCACAUGUGUUUCCACUUGAAGAAAAUAGUUAUACAGAUCUUAACAAAUAUUGCAAUAUGACUUGAAAACUUCUCAAUACUACUUAUUUUCAGUCACAUAUUUUUAAGUCACAUAUUUAAAUACAGUAUUUAUAUAUAUCCAAUAUGUAUGCAUACUGUAUACAUACUUAUUGUUACUAGAAUACCUCUGACAUGUACCUCUUGUUUUCAUUACCUCGCAUAAAGACACUACACACACACACGCACACGCACACACACGCACACACACGCACACACACACACACACACACGCACACACUACAUACCCAUUCAGUUGUUUUUUGAAGUUAUACCUCAGUGUUUUUGUUGCUCAUCUCUCCCUACUUCAUACGUAACCACUGGGCUGUACCACACUUCCUUUCUCCGUGUGUGUAUGUGAGUGCUUCUUCUCAUUGGAUCCCUAGCCCUGUCAUUCACACUGUAGCCCCGCCUCCUCACCUCCUUGCUGUCUUGUGAUAGGUUCAGCACUGGCAGAUGGUGGUGGCAGUGGUGGUGGUGGCAGUGGGAGGGGAUGUUGUCACUUACCUCUGCAGGCCUCGGCUGUCACCUGUAACCUGUUUCAAGUCCAGCCUGAAACCAACAGAUUCUACCUCACUCACCUCUCAUCUCAGUGCAGCUGCCCCUCUGUCUGCAAACACACUGACAUGCAUGCACGGAUAUAGAAAUAUACUCACACAGUGCACAAAUGAGUUGCCAACAUGGACCCAAUGAGUGCGCUGCUCCUUCAACAGUGUACUGCAGGUGUUUCAAACGGGCCAUGGAUCAUCAUUCAACAGCUGACAUGGAAAACUGUAAUUUUCUCCCUUUUUUCAUCUUGAUCAUUCAUCACGUGGGACCAACAGUCACUCUGGAUUUAUUUUAUUAAGGAACCUGGAAUGACAACGAGGGCAGGGGUGAAUGUGUGACAUUACAGUGUGCCGAUUGAACUUACAGGAACUGUCAGGGGACAACAACAGCUGGAAGCUGGAACUCCAGUGGAAGCCAUUUUGGCCUGAUCGAGUCAGGUCAAUGGACUAUUGUGGGUGGUGACUGGGAAGUGAACAAACAGCAAGUGUGUUAGCAGUAUUUGCCUGUGGAUAUGGUUUCAUCCUGAGGGGAAGGAAACGACGAGCGAGCAAUGCAACUGUGGCGGGGAGCGAUGUGACUCAAAGCAAGCUAAAAGCGAACCGCCAUAAAAAUGAAAAACGGACCCUCGCACCUUUAGUACAUCUCCAGAUCCUUCCCUCGCCGUCGCAGAAGAAAUGGACGCCUGGCCAUUUGAAAGACAUUCUGAGCGACUUUCCUAUCCCAGAUUUACAAUAAGAAACAAACACUGCUGAAAUAAGCUCCACCAACCACAUCCCAAAUGCCAUCCACUACAAAUAACUAUCAGGUUUUUUUCUGUUGCACUAGAACCACAAUGUCUGUAUCCUUAAGUAGACCUCCUCAACCCCUUCCUUUACCCCCCUCCCCCCGACAUCUUUGUGUUCGUACCUGACUUUAGCAGCAGUCUUAACGGUAUUCUAAAAUAUCUCACAUACACACAAAAAAUACACACACACUGUCUUUUUCAUCUCUUGAUUACCUGUUGAAACCAACAAGGACUGUGACAUGGCGUUUAGAUGCCGCUACUCUCAGUGUUACUACACCUACUUAUCUAUGUUGCAGGGUAUUUAAAUAGAACUAUAUGCGCUGAUUACACAGGGAUACACACACACAUGCAGCAGCAGCAGCAGCACACACACAGCAAUAGGAUGAUCAAGCAGUACAGCUUCACACCCGCCGUCCCCAGGCCUGCUGUGUUUGUACUUUGCUCACUGUGAAUGAAAGCCAUGCUGCAACCGGGUCAUGGCUCAGACAGGGAACCACUGGCUUAGUAAUUCUGACAUGCUAAUGUGCCUCACAGAGGUGGUUAUACAAAUAUACACUAUACAGUAUACAGAAGCAUAUAUUUAUAGACAUAGAUAAUAUAUAUAUAAAUGUUACAGUUAUUGUAUGUGGCAUUAGAGCUAUCGGCGACUGACUCUUUGCUGCCAGCUUAAAUCCGCUCACAAAUCUGUAUGAUCCGUCGUGUAGCAGACGGGUCAGAACUCAGUAUUAAUAUCUGUACAGUUAUAUUUAAGUAUUGUUUCAAGUUGACCUCAUAUUGCAUUAAGAUGCUUGUUUGCCUUGUGAUGAUCACCAACUAACCUUCAUAGUAUACCCACCUUUUCGAUACCUCUGAACCACUUCACUAGCACAUGAAGUACUUUACGCAGAACUACUUCUCCUUUUUUUCCCGUUAUGGGAAUCAGGUCCGCAUAGCUCAGUGAAUUGAGAUUUAGAUUUAAGCUGGCAGCAGCACAGCCACUCUCUCUCUCUCACUCUCUAUCUUGCUCCUCUUCUUCUUCUCUCUCUAUCUCACUCUCUCUAUCAGCCAAAUAAUCACUGGAGAAUUCCUCCCCUGUUCUCUUAAAAAAAGAAAAAGAACCACACCAGCACCACAGAGCACACUGCCUUCAGCCAUGAUCAGUUGCACCAGCAUAAGCAGAGAGACAGACCGAUAGUCAGUGACCAUCCUCCUCACAAUAAAGCCAUUUUUUUUAACCUGGACAUCACUGCUAGCUGUGAUACUGCUGUGUUCACACAACCGGCAAAUCAAACCAGUGCUAAAAAAUCUGAUCUGUUAAAGUGUAAUUUUUCAAUUUGGGUUUUGACAAUGAAUUCAUUUUCCAUCUGACCUUGGUUGUCAUAGUAACAAGGCAACUCUAGAAACACAAUGAAGACAUUUUUUUUGUGCGCCGCAACCUGGCACGCUACAACAAAGCAAUGACACUGAGUACUACUCUGGCUAAUUCUUUGCUUCAUUCUCCUUUCAUGAAGCUUAAAGUUUAAAAGACAUCAUUUCAGAGAAGAAGAAAGGAUUUGCUCUGCUGGUUGGAACACAGUCUGGGUGGUGCUAUAAGGAGGCUUUUUUUGCAGUCAAAGCCAGGUGGAAAUAUCUGUUUAAAGAGCUGUAGAAGUCAAAACAAAGUGUUUUCUUUGACAUUUAAUCGCUGAAAUUAAAAGGCAAAAUCGGAUGAGUUGCACCACCCUGUAUCACUUUCCACUCUGCAAAAUCCAACUGAAGUUUUUCAGCACAGCAACCACAGAAUUGUGCAUUCUCUCGCUCUCUGUCUCUCAGAUUCAACUUUUACACUGCGUUUACAAUAAAAUAAAAUGUGAACUUGAUGCUAAGCUCUGCCACUGCAGCCUGGCACACAACUAAAACAACCACUAUUCAGAAGUUUAGCUCUCGUGCAAGUUGUUUUUCACAAAUUAACUAUGUCUACUACUUUUGUUACUUACCCAGGGAAAUCAUCUCUUAGUCAACAGCACCCUUCCUUGCACUCUUUAUCCCUUCCUUCCUCUCACUUCCAUUUCUUCCUACGACACACCCUCUCAAGAUCCUGAUCCUUUGACCAUCAUCCGAGUUUCUCUCUGGAUCCUCUUUCUCUAUUUAUUUCACCCUGUCCUCUAAGUGUGCACCUUCCUCCUCCCUCCCCACACACGCACACACUCACAGAAACCUACCCCAACUCAUACUAGCACUCUUUGGUGGAGAAAGACGACAAUCCCUGCAGGAAUAUGUCCACAUGUGGAAUGUAAAAUACUGAAAUUGUACGAUUAAAGACACGGUGUGAAGUCACACUCAUGUUGUUUUUGAUGUUGUUGAUGUUGCUUUCGUUGUGCACCAAGUGUUUUAUUGUUAAGCUUACUCUAGGGUGGAUGAGUUUGCAGGUUGGGGUUAAAACCUUGAACGUGUAACAGACUGCUACUGAUGAGUCCUUUUUUAUAUAUAGUAGGCCUAUGUUUCUACAAGACUUGUGGUGUGAGGAUUGAAAACUCUGAACGAUGUAAAGCAAGAAAUGAGGUGACUCUGUUUCAGACAGAGUUAAAAAAAAAAAAAAAGCUGUUUUUUAUGAUUAUUCUUUUAUUACUUUGCAUCUGAUUUUCUUGGUAAGUGAAUGUCUGUCUUUCUGUGUUAAUGCUUUAUUGUGAGAAAAUGGCUGUUUAUGCACUUUCAGACCAUCAUUGGUGCAGUGGUAACUAGUGCUCAAAUAUCACCCAAAGGCGAGGGCUCAUGACACCUUCAGUUUGACUUACUGGAAUAGGUUUGUUAAGAUAUUUUAAACUCUAUCUGGAUAAUAUAUUUUUAAUAAGUUACCCACAUUCACAUUACACAUUCUAACACUAAAAAACUAGCUUGAAGGGCAAUAGUUAUUAUUUUAUUCUGUCUUAAAAUUGUCAUAGCACCAAAGCUAGCUUUACAGUGUUUACGCUAGCAGUUUAGGAUAGGCUUUAAGACUAUGAAUGGCUUGCAUUAGCCAACCAAACACGAGUUAGUUUGGGUUUGGAAUCAAACAGAAGAUUUGUCAGAAAUUCUCAAGCUUUUACAACUACAUUUGCGGUUUCCCGCCUUUUUUGUAGUCCCCGUGCAGAAUGUGAUAGCUGAAAAACCAAAACCAUAGCCUACCUGAUUGACAACAAAAUUCUAUCUUAGCCUUGAUAUCAAACAUUAUCUCAAAUACACCACAUUUUCAUUAAUAUGGUGUCUGUCAUCUAAAAGUUUUAGCACAGCUAACAGGUAACCAGCUAACAAGGCGCUAAUACCUUGAGAACUUGUAAACAGAACAAGUGACACUCACUCAAAAUAUGCUGAGUCAUUGCAGGAGUCAAAGUAACAUAUUUUGACAAAUGCUGAUUUCCAUAGUAUUUUUACAGACAUUUCAACACUUAGCUAAUUGAAAUGGCACCUAAAUUUGUGUUGGGAGUAUACCACUGCUUCCUGCUAUAGGUUUACUGGAAGCAAAGUUAGCUACAUAUUUCCAACUUUAGCUAUCAUCAUUUUUUUCCCCAAGGCAAGAAAAAAACGUUUUCCAAUCUGGCAUCCUACCAGAACUAAGACAAAUUUCAGCUAACAGCUAGCUAGCUUAAAACCUUAUAUAUGAUACGUUGUAACUGAAGUAGGAGCUGAAUGUUUUCACAAUUCAGUUCAAAAAUUUGAGUGAUUAUCUCUCCUAACAAUCCAUUUUUUUUCUCCACACUUUACUGAAAUACAUACAUGUUAUAGGAUUUUAGGUCUAAAACAGAAGUCAUGAAACAACCAGCCAAUAGACCACUUAGUUGAACUGAGGGUAAAUGAACCUGAACCUUGCUCUUCACAGUUGCUUGGGCUGUAUCACUUGCUUAGCUGGGCUUUUGCUCUUUGCUCUGAUCUAGGUCAAUUUAAAAAAAGCACUUAAAUCAUGAUAUUAGCCUUUGUAAUGCUCAACAUGAAUCUGACCUUAGACCAGGGCCUAUCUUGUGAUGUAUAAAUCUGCCAUAUAUUAAUCUCAAUGUUGUGACAAUAAUAUUCUCUUGAUGGAGUAAGCCUCAUCGUACAGUAAGGAAAGAGUAAAGAAACAACAAAAAUCACAAAAUAGAAACCAAAAAGAGAGAUUUAUACAACUGUUCAUACCUCAUUGUACUGCUUUGUGCCAGAGUAACAGAAGAGGAAUGAUCAGUCUCAGGCAUGGCAAACUACUGGUGAGAAACGGAUGAGACUGAAAGAAAGAAAAAACUCAAAUUGUGUUUUAUAGAGUUUGGAAAUUUGGUAUAAAUGCUUACUGGAUCUUUUCAGGUUGUAAAAAUACAUCAUUGUGACAAUGUUGAAAAACGUCUGAAAAUAGAUGCACUUACAUUGUGUUGUCAAUAAUGAAUUGAUAGCAUGGAAUAUGAAGUCAUGCUUUGAGUAUUUAUCAUCAACUGGCAGAUAUGCAUUCCUUCUUUGUGUGUUCUGGCCUGACAAAUCAAGAGAGGACUGAUGUGUCAUUCGGACAAGAGAUGGGGUGAAUUGAGUUUGGCCUUCGAAUGCAUAAUACGCUCAAAAAAACUGCCGUCAAUGGCAAAAAAUUCAACAAGGGCUCUUCUGCCCCUAAAAAAAGCUUUGAAGAGAGAUGUAAUCCUCUUCAAGCCCUUCAAAUCCCGAAGUACAAAUAUGCAAUUACACAUUUCUAUUUAUGACCAUGUAAAUUGUGCCUUGAACAAGAAAGGUUAAAGACCCCAAGUCCCACACUACAAUUCCCAUGACACCAAUGUCCUCUCUUGUUUUCGGUCUUCACUCCCUGCAGCUCCCCUUCACUGUGGCUUUUUGCAGUAGCACACGGCCCGGCCCUGAUGAGCAUAACUGAGAGUCAUCACGUGAGGCCCCUCACAGCCAGUAGGCUAUUUCCUCUUGGCAAAGCAGCCAUAAUUUUUGGCAUAGCACAGUGUUGAAUGUAAAGCUGAAUGAGAAGUGGACAGACGCACCGCAGACGACAGUUUGAUGGUGCAUUUUGUGAUGCUGGUUUAUGGGCUUGUGAUGGGCACAGUUGUUGUUUGUCUUGUUUUUUCUGUGACAAAUCAUUCAUGGCACAAUCAGAGAAUGGCAUCUCAAUGGCUCAAAGCUGUUUGUGUUUGUGGCUAUGUGACAUCCAUUUUCAACAUUAUAAAAAUUAUUUGAUAUCAA